CAGCCCAGGUGGGUGGCUCUGGGCCUCUCCUCGCCCGCACUGGGAGGUGCUGCCGAGAGGGGGCAGGAAGCGGUGCCCCAGAAAGCCGCCGGGAGCCAGACGGGCUGCUGCUGCUGCUGCUGCGGAGCGGGUCUGCCCAGGAGCGCAAGCCGGACUGGAGGUGUGAGCUAAGCCCAGCUACGCAAGGGGGGGUGUAGACUGAGAGACUGAAGCCUUUUCCAGCCUUGAUGGAUGGCUGUCAAAUGGAGAAAACAUAACAUCUCUGCCUAUUAGGACAUUUCUGGAUCCUCCGUGCUAGACUUGAUCUGGGACUGCUUAGCUCGUCUUCCAGAUUUUGGGAGGAAAGAAGCCCUUGGACCACAACUUUGGAGACAACUUGGUUGUGUUUUGGAGCCCAGUCCGUACUUUCAGAGAUGUACCAAAGUUUAGCCAUGGCAGCCAACCAUGGCCCACCGGCAUACGAGGGAACUAGCAGCUUUAUGCACAGCACAGCAGCUGCUUCUCCGGUCUACAUCCCUACCACAAGGGUCACCACCAUGAUCCCCAGCCUGCCGUACCUCCAGGGAAGUGGGUCAUCCCAGCAAGGCAGUCCGGUCUCCAACCACUCCAUCUGGACUCCACCUGGGGCCGAAACUGUUGCAUACAACCCGGGAUCUUCUCACCCAUCGGUGUCCCCCAGGUUCUCCUUUGCCACCAGUAGUCCCAUCCCAGCCGCCACCUCCCGGGAGGCUGCCGCCUACAGUAGUUCACUCAGUAUCUCGGCCAACAGCAGAGAACAGUAUGCCCGAAGUUUCAGCGGUUCCUAUUCCAGCCCGUAUCCUGCAUCUUACUUAAGCCCAGAGUUGGGUACCACCUGGACUUCCUCCCCCUUUGAGAACCCCAUGCUGCACAACUUCCAGAACCGGGGCACACCAGGACACACCAACUUAGAGUUUUUCGAUGAUUAUUCUGAAGGUCGUGAAUGCGUCAACUGUGGGGCCAUGUCAACCCCGCUGUGGAGGAGAGAUGGCACUGGCCACUAUCUGUGCAAUGCUUGUGGGCUCUACCACAAGAUGAACGGCAUUAACCGGCCGCUAAUCAAGCCCCAGAGGAGGCUGUCAGCCUCCCGUAGGGUUGGGCUUUCAUGUGCCAACUGCCAUACAAGUACGACCACACUGUGGCGCCGGAAUGCUGAAGGCGAGCCAGUUUGUAAUGCCUGCGGCUUGUACAUGAAGCUCCAUGGGGUCCCAAGGCCCUUAGCAAUGAGAAAAGAGGGGAUCCAAACCAGGAAGCGUAAGCCAAAGAACUUAAACAAAUCCAAGACUUCAGCAGGGCCAGUCAAUAAUGAAAGCCUUACCUCAACCGUUAGUUCUGCCACCUGUACCAGCACUACAACCACCACAGCUGCUGAAGAAAUGCGCCCCAUCAAGACAGAACCGGGGAUUUCAUCUCAUUAUGGACAUCCAAGCCCACUUUCCCAGCCAUUUUCAGUCACUGCAAUGUCUGGGCACGGCUCUGGCCUGCAUCCUGCCAUCUCAACCCUAAAACUUUCUCCACAGGGUUACCAGCCAGGUAUCAGCCAGUCUCCUCAGCCUAACUCCAAGCAAGACUCCUGGAACACCCUGGUUUUAGCUGAAAGCCAUGGGGACAUCUUAACAGCAUAACCACCUUCUAGCCUCUGUGGACUUGGGGCUCAUCAGCUCAGGAUACAAAGACAACAUUCAAUAAUCAAGCUCCAGUGGGGUGCUUCCUUACCUCACCCAAUCCCUUUGAGGGAUGUAGAUUCUGAUCCUAGUAGAAACAUUCCAAAUUAUUCUUUGAAAAGUGAAGGAGUUAUCUUUGAAUUAAGCUCCACGAAGAUUAAGCCCAAGUGGUCCUUUUCGUGCCCUCAGAUCACAGCCGCUUCAAAUGAAACUGACAGAAGCUCCAAAUCUUUUUCAAAAAAAUCUUUAUCUGAUGUCUUGGUCAGCAGUGUCAUGGCACCCUUGUUCACUGUUGCUGUCAAUUCAUUUCCUGAUUAUGUCAAACUAGAAAGAAGACUGUCAGCUUGCUGUGUUAAGAAGUGCUUUAGAUUCUAUGUUGUCUUUAGAAACAAGUUUGGGAAAGACUUGAGAACUUUUUUGACGGGGAAAAGAUAGAAUGGCUCAGCUCUGCCUUCAGAGACAGCUGUGAUCAUGGCUGGUGGAAUCUAAUAACGCACGAGAACCUAAUGAAAGUGCCAAGCCAAUGAUUGCUCGCAGCACAGCAUUGUUAUUGUCACUGCUUUUCUGUUGCUUGGAUUCUCUUUUUUCCUCCUGUUGUUAUGGUUAAAUCUCAUUUUCUUCCUUCCAAAGCAGCAGUCUCCCCUACAUCACUUAGCACAGUGCCCAAAGGCAGUCUAAGGCCCUUUCCACAUGGGCCAAUAAACACGGGUUGAGGGUGGAAUUAAACCCGUGUUGGGGGGGGGGGGGACUUCACACGGAUCCCACUCCUAAUGCGAGUCCGCUAUGCGUUUGCCCCCCACAACCUGGGUUUUUCAAGAAUCACAAUUUGUGCUAUUCUUUUGUUUUAAUGCACCUCACAGCCGCAGAUGGCUGGCCAGGAGGUACGUUGUGAGGCUGCGCUUUCUUGUUUUUUUUAAAAAAAAACACCCAGCUCCCAUCUGCAGAGCCAUGCAGGCUCUUCUGGGGACAAGAGGUGUUAGCAAGGCUCUAGGGCAGUGGUUCUCAACCUUCCUAAUGCUGCAACCCUUUAUCAUGUUGUGGUGACCCCCAACCCUAACAUUUAUCCAUUUUACAG